AUGACGGCAGAGAACGUCAAUGCGUGGAAAUGUAACACGUGCAAACUUCAUAUUUCCCGUCAGUAUGAAAUGUCCGAUGAGCGCGGCCCCGCAGAAGGGGAGAGGGCAACUUUGAGUGGCUCCCUCGAGCUGAAUGUAGAUAAGUUGCUGCCCACAAACGAAGCUAUCUAUAACAAACUAACAGACAUCCUAAACAGGAUGGAAGGCGUUGAAAAAUCUCUAGAAAAACAAAGCAGGAAAGACGAUGAAAUCAUGACGAAGCUAGAUGCGCAUGGGAAAACUGUCGAAGCAAUUGAUGCAUCGAUGAGCACCCUGUCAGGGAAGUACGAUGAACUUCUUAAACGACUGGAUGAGCAGUGCGCUACAAUCAAGGAGCUGACAAAGAGGACGGGUCAACUAGAAGCUAAAGUGGCCGAGCAGGACCUGCAAAUCAGGGAACUAAAGAUAGCAGUGGAUAAUGCGGAGCAGUACUCCCGGUGCAAAAAUAUCGAAAUUCAUGGAAUCGCCCAACGACCAAACGAGAAUAUGUUAGAAGUUGUAAAGAACUUGGCCGAUAAACUCGAGCUGCCGCAACUUGCCCCUGAGGACGUUGAGGCUGCUCACCGCCUAGGGGCGAGGGAAGGAAAAACAGCGCCAAUCCUGGUGAGGUUUGUGGAAAGGAGAACACGGGACCUCUGGAUGACAAAGCGCGUGACCUUAUGGAAUGAAAAAAUUUAUAUUAACGAAAAUCUAACAAAAACACUGAAAAACUUGCUGUGGGCUACUAAG